CGUGACGGUAGAUUCCACACAAACCUUACGGAACCCAAAUCUCCGUCAAAAAGCUCCCUCCCUUGUUCCUUCUCUUCCAAACGCCGCCGCUAACGUCACCGUUCCCCCAAACCCUAACGUCCCUCCCUGAAUGGCCUCUUGCGACGACGACGACGACGACUUCUCUCUCCUCCACCAACCCUACGCGCCACCGUCCCACCACCACAAUUACUCCACCGCCGUCGCCGCCGCCACAACCGCCGUACAACCUAAACCUGUCUCCGACACCGACGCCGAGGAUUACAGCAAUCCCUUCGACGAAGACAACACCACCACCACCCACGCCAACGCCAACACCACCGAGAAGAGAAAAGAUCAAGACGAGAUCGGCAACAACAAUAACAGCAACGAUGCAUCGUACGGUUUCAACAAACGAUCUAAGCUUUCCGCGAGCGCUUCUGGAUCGGCAUCCGCCUGCUCCGGCGCCGAGUACCGGAAAGACAGGGAGGAGUGGAGCGACACGGCGAUCGUGUGUUUGCUAGAUGCAUACACGGAGAAGUUCACCCAGCUGAAUCGGGGGAAUCUGAGGGGGAGGGACUGGGAGGAGGUGGCGGCGGUGGUUUCGGAGCGAUGCGAGAACCAGUCGAAGAGCGUGGAGCAGUGCAAGAACAAAGUCGACAAUCUGAAGAAGAGGUACAAACUCGAGAGGCACAGGAUCAGCAGCGGAUGCAUCACCGCAAGCCACUGGCCUUGGUUCAAGCACAUGGAGAAUAUUGUCGGGAACUCGCUUUCUGCAGGGAAGUUCCCCGGCGGCGACGAGGACAAGGCCAUCGUCGCCUCCACUGCGGGGAACUCCCCUCGGCAACCGAAGAGAUAUGGAGGGGCAUCACAAAGCAGUGGAGGACAAGUGAAUAACAUGAAGUCCAAAGCAUUGUCGAACCUUAGAUGGCGAAGGGUAAUCCUGAAAAUUAGUGGUGCUGCCCUUACUGGAUCUGAUACCUGCAAUAUUGACCCAAAGGUAGCUAUGUUAAUCUCAAGAGAAGUUGCAAUAGCCUCCCGCCUUGGUGUUGAGGUCGCCAUUGUUGUUGGAGGUCGGAAUUUCUUCUGUGGGGAUGCAUGGGUAGCUGCAACAGGAUUAGAAAGAUGUACUGCAUACCAAGUUGGCAUGAUGGCAACUAUGAUGAAUUCAAUAUUGCUCCAAUCAACUCUAGAGAAGAUGGGUGUUCAGACUCGUGUACAAAGUUCAGUCAGCAUGCAAGAGUUUGCUGAACCGUACAAUAGGCACCGAGCCAUCAGACAUCUUGAGAAAGGAAGAGUGGUUAUAUUUGGUGGAAUUGGCUUUGGCACUGGAAAUCCACUAUUCUCAACUGACAUAGCUGCAGCUCUUAGAGCUUCAGAGCUAAAUGCUGAAGCUGUUCUCAAAGGUACCAAUGUAGAUGGUGUAUAUGACUGCAACUCCAGAGACAACAAUUUCACUUUUGAGCACAUAUCCUUCAGGGAGCUGGUAUCAAGAGGAGUCACUCCUAUGGACAUGACAGCACUGACAUUCUGUGAGGAAAAUGCUAUUCCUGUUGUGGUUUUCAAUAUAUUGGAGCCUGGGAACAUAUCAAAGGCUUUAUGUGGAGAACAAGUUGGAACACUAGUUGACCAAACUGGAGCAAUAAGCUAACAUUUAAUUCAACCAAAUUCAGUUAUAUUAGUUAGCAAGCUGGAGCCGUUAAGUUGAGCACUGUGAUGGAUGCCUCGAGAAGAAAAUAUAAAAAAAGACCCAACAGUUUCAGAGUGCAUGGUGCAAUCAAUGGAAACUGUGUUUUGGAGCUGAAAUCUCAAGUUCCCUAUCCCUAGGAUUUGAGAUGGUGUUGUAUUUAAGUAUGUAUUUCUGUAGGGAAAAAAAGAAAAGAAAAAAGAAUGCUUGUGUAUAUCAUUCCUAGAUGAAUUGUACUGUACUGUAGUAUAGUAGUAGUAGUAGUAGUAGUAGUAGUAGUAGUAGUAGGCUUCCUUUGUUAAUAAAUGUAAACAUAUUUGGAGUAAUUUAAUUCAAAAUCCAACUUUAUUAUUUGCAAGUCA